UUUCAGAAUUCGGAGGCAGUAGCUUGCAGGCUGGUUUAAACAAACAUAGUUUAAAAAGCACACAGUGAAAUCUUGUCCAUGUUUACUUGAAAGCAAGUCCCUUUAUGUUCAAUUGGGCCUAUGUGCAGACAAAUGACCAUGGAAACGGGUGAAUCACAGCAAGAUGGCAAUGCAGCAGACUCUGUUGCAGAAAGUGAUGCUGUUACUAUACAGCCUCCACCUGGCCAAAAUCAGAUCUCCACUAUAGCACAGGUUUCUGUAGCAGGAUCAACAACUGGAAGAGGAUCUCCCUCCGUAACUGUCGUGCAAUUGCCUUCUGGUCAAACUGUCCAUGUGCAGGGAGUGAUUCAAGCCACCCAACCUUCAGUUAUUCAGUCACCACAAUUGCAAUCUGUUCAGGUAGCAUCAGCUACAAGCACAGAUGACUCUAUAGAGUCGGAGGUUGUCAUUGAUUCUCAGAAGCGGAGGGAGAUCCUCUCAAGGAGGCCUUCAUAUCGAAAAAUUCUGAAUGAACUUUCUUCUGAUGCACCCGGUGUCACUAAGAUUGAAGAAGGAAAGCCAGAGGAAGAAGGAGCGCCCUCUGGCAUCCCUGCCAUGGCAGUGCCAACCAGCCUUUAUCAGACUAGCACCGGGCAGUACAUUGCUAUAGCCCAGGGGGGAACAAUCCAGAUCUCUAAUCCAGCAUCUGAUGGCGUUCAGGGGUUGCAGACAUUAACAAUGACAAAUUCAGGAGCUCCUCAGCCUGGUGCUACCAUUGUACAAUAUGCAGCUCAAACACCUGAUGGCACACAACAGUUCUUUGUUCCUGGGAGUCAAGUUGUUGUCCAAGCUGCUACUGGUGACAUGCCAACUUACCAGAUCCGAACUCCAACCACAGCCUUACCUCAAGGGGUAGUCAUGGCAGCAUCCCCAGGAACGUUGCAUAGCCCACAGCAGCUAGCAGAAGAAGCAACACGUAAAAGAGAGCUAAGGCUCAUGAAAAAUAGGGAAGCUGCAAAAGAAUGUCGACGGCGGAAGAAAGAAUAUGUGAAAUGUCUGGAGAGUCGUGUUGCGAUGUUAGAAGUUCAAAACAAGAAACUUAUAGAAGAGCUAGAAACCUUAAAAGACAUUUGCUCUUCCAAGACAGACUAGUGUCAAUAUUGAAACUGUGAACUGGCUACAGCAUGUACAGAUGCUUCUGCAGGCAAUCUCUAGUCAACAAGAAUUAUGACUUUUCCUUUGUAUCAUUUGUCUUCUACUCCAGCCUCCAACAUUCCUGAAAUGCUGCAUUUUUGUAGAUUCCAAGUUGAAACUUCAGGUGUCUUUUUCUUAUCCAGAAAGAGUCAAAUGUUUAAGGCAGUGUCUGUUCCAUCUUUUCAAAAUGCAACAUGCGUAAGAGCUGCUCCUCUGCCCAAUAUUUGCAUUAAUUACUUUAAAUGUCUAAUUUUGGUAGUUCCCACUCGCACCAGUAUUUUAAAGUGAUCAAAGAUAAUGCAUCCAAGACAAUAAAAUAAAAACCACCCAAAGAAUCUCAGGAAAGAGUUAUAUAUAAAUAUAUAUAUAUAUAUAAGUAUGUUGUAAUGACAUACGUGUAUUAGAAUACUAGUUUACAAAUGAAUUUAUGGCAUAUUUUUAUAUUCAUCGCUUUGUGAAGAAAGUAUUGUAUUGCUGUCACUGAGCGCCAUGGUUGAAACUAGUUUUUAAAUAGAACCAUGUUGGUUAAACUUUGUAGUGUUUGGUGUUUGUUUGAACAUUUGGCCCACCUAAAAAGUUUUAAAAAUUAAUGGUGCAUGUUGUGAAGUAAUUUUAGCAGACAUAUUUACUGGGUGUCUUAUAUUUCAUGAGCAAUCAACAGAAUUGUAAUGGAAGGAUCUUGAAUCAGCUCACACACAUACCUGCUGUCUAUGCAAUGAUUUCCUGUAAAUAAUAGUGGGUUUUUUUAAAAAAAAAAAAAUUAAGUCUGCAUCAUACAGAUAGUUCCCUCAUGAUCUUCAUCCAGGCUAACCAAUCUUCUUUAAGGGUAUUUCACACAACUUCCACAAGCAUGGUUAGUCAGCUCUGCUUAGAGGGGGGAGGGAUUUAUACUACUUGAAAUGUGCUGGGGAUGUAAACUACAUUUGUGGAAUAUGAUUUCUUUUGUCCAUUGAAUCAGUACAAGCACAGGGUGGCUCUGUUUCUCUACCCCGACAUUCAUUUAUCUAUGUUGCUUUGCAGUUCUGUGACACUCCUCUUUUUCUUAUGUUUCCUCCUGGUCCCAUUCUUUUGUAUAGACCUGGUUCCCAUGCCCAUUAGCUAAAACAUAUAUCAGUUUUCCACUGAUCUGGAGCUUGGAAACUAUAGACAAAAUGAUGCAGAGCACAUGUGGAUAUCAAGCAGCUCUUCACAGUUGUUGUCACAAACAAGGAUUUUCUUUUGCAUGACUUUAGUAAUGCUUCCUUUUCCUGUGACAGCAUAUAUAUAUUUAAAACAGUAUAGUAAACUGUGAAUACUAACACUACACAUUUGUUUCGUGGUGGAUCCACUAGAAGAAAUUAUAGAGAGCUAGUUGGCUACUGUUUGGUUUUCAGAAGAUAGAGGAAAAUAUAUAUCUGGAUGACUUCAGAAGACUUAAUUUCAUCUCAUCUGGCCAAAAGACCAUUGCUUCUGUUCUUUUAACAUAUCUUUGAAUUGCAGGCAAUAUGUCACAGUGAGGGAGGUCUCUCUCACUCCCACUUUACAAAUGGUGAAGAAAUUGCAGAUUGCCCAGGACUUGCCCAUGGAAAUUUACUCAUGCCUUUUUCAAGCAAGUUGAGAAAUGUUCUAUUCACUGUGGAGUUAAUUGGUACAUGUGGUUGGUUUAGAGGUUUCUUGAAAGAAAAGUACUAUCAUGUAAAGUUCUCACCUCUAGCCAGACGAAACAGGCAAGGGAUAUGGUGAUUAGGCUACAUCAAUAUGAAGCACACUGCUGUUAGGGAAGAA